GGCUUCUCGGCGUGUUGUGGAGGAGUUGCAUUAAUCGUUCGGACUUUUGACCAUUCGGAACUUCGACCUGCACCCUUGGUACGCCUGGCACACGUUCGCCAAAAAACGUCUGAGGAGGAAAAACGUUUUUGUUCGCUUAAAUUAUUAAAAAAAAAAAAUCAAUUUUAACCGAUCCUACAGAAUCUUCGACGUGGAAAAGUGUUAUCCGGAUGACAAUACGUGCUGGACGAUGAAGUGAUCCUAUUCACUGAAACGUGAGAAGGACGUAUACGACAAUUUAUAUUCGCAAGUAAACCAUAGAAAAAACAAAUCAACGAGAAUGGAGGCGAUGGAACCAAUAAUUGAUACUGCUGGAAAGACAGCUGCUGUGAACAACGGAGCCGUUGGCAUUUUGCUGGCGAAGAUCGGGGCGAUGCUGGUCCUUGGAAUCGGAUCUCUCAGCGUAGGAUCCCUACCCCUCUGCAUCAACAGAUGCAGAUUAAGUCGGGGCAGUGCGAGCACCGCUGAAGGUUUGCUGACGUCGCUGCUCCUGUGUUUCGGUGGCGGUGUCCUGCUCUUCACGUCGUUUGUCCACCUGGCACCGGAAGUGCGUCAGAGCGUGGAGAAGCUGCAGGAGAGCGGCGAGCUGAUGAAGUUGGGGGGCGGCUUGGGUCUGGCCGAACUGUUGCUCUGCGGUGGUUUCUUCUUCGUCUACCUAGUGGAAGAGGCGGUGCACGCGGCGCUGGACCGGAAACCAGAACCGACGGAGGCUGCGCUGCACCGCAGCGUCUCGCUGCGAAGAUGCAACCGAAGCUCGAGCGGGAGUCGAAGAAGCCGAGAGGCGGGGAGGAGCGGGGAUAAAUCUCUGACUCCGGACGCCCGGAUAUCCCCAAUGACUCAGGACCGCGCCUACGAGUCCGACUCUGACAACCCCGGCAUCUUCGCCACCCGGAACUCGAGACUCCACCAGGAUGACCCGGGCUAUGAAAAGAACGGCAACCUCGCGGGGAAGGUAAACGGGGGCUCGACGUGCCCUUGCGACGCAUCGGCAAACCCGACGAGGAACAGCUUCGGGAACACGAUUCCACUGACGCAGAACGAGCGUAGUUAUCUGUCGCAGAACCUGCAGGUCCCUCGGGGGUUGGACGGCGCGGAAAUCGACGGUAAGGCAAAUCCGCUCUGCGGAAACUCCUCGGCAUCGUCCGCGUCGACGUCCUCGCCCCCGGCCUCGACGCUCCCUCCGAACGCCUCCGUCCGGGGACUGCUGACCGUGAUAGCGCUGUCGUUUCACGCGAUAUUCGAGGGCCUCACCGUCGGCCUCGAGCCCUCCAUGCCUUCCGUGAUAUACCUGACCGCCGCCAUCGCCACCCACAAAUUGGUGAUCGGAUUCUGCGUGGGGAUGGAGAUGGUAGCGGCUGGGGCGAACGCCAGGAUAGUCCUCGGCUAUCUCGUCGUCUUCUCCGUCGUCACACCCAUCGGCAUCGGGAUCGGACUCAUCAUCGGACGCCUCGAGGACCCCAGUGAAGGACUCGGACCCCUCCCAACCCUCCUGCAGGGUUUCGCCGCCGGCACUCUUCUUUACAUUGUAUUUUUCGAAGUACUCGCGAGGGAGAGGGCCAACGAGAAAAGCGGAUUGCUCCAGCUCGCCGCCAUCCUCGUUGGCUUUAUGUUCAUGCUGGGACUCCAGUACGCCACUUCACACUCCCACGAACAUGGUCAUGGUCAUAGCCAUUCCCACGAUGAGGAAACGGUGAACGGCGACGACGAUCAUAUGCAGAAUCACGAUCAUCGGCAUCACCCCGAUGACUUGAUAGCCUCGACGAUAUCGAACGUCACGGAGAAGAUAUUGGACGUGAUAUCUACAACUCUGUCCUCGACUAUGGUCACGGAAAAGAGCACAUAACGCAAGAAAUCGGUGAAAAAAAAAACGCACAUAGAUCUGAGGAACCUGAAAUGUUCGGGCAUCGCCCAUCGAGAGUGAUGGUCACUCUGCCAGCCAGGAUUUGCCUCGUCGAGACCAGUCAGUGGUUUAUGACCACGGACCGGAAGUACCUGGGGAAGGUUGUCUAAUCACAGCCUCAACAGUCAUCCGGAGUUUCACGUGA